AUGUUUCUCACUGGUGAACCACGAGAUCGCCUGCUUAAAAUUCAAUUUGGCGAACCCAAUGCAGAAGGAGAACCAACUUAUAGAACCUACGAUGAAAUCCGCUCAUUGCUCCUAGAUUCGUACCGCAAAGACGGCGGCCAAACUAUUGCCCGCUCAGAACUCGCCGUUCUCAGGCAAAAACCUGAAGAGUCAGUUUCCCAGUUCCUGCAACGCCUCGCCCGUCUUGUCGCACGCUUAGACCCCGAAGCCUCUACAACGGUCAAGGAAAAGCGUGUCUUUGAGAGUUCAUGA